UGGUUUGAAGGUUUGUGGCUCUGGAUUCACGUGUUUUAAUGAACCGAAAGUUUGUACGACUAAGUGAUGUCGAGACCUAUCUCUGUAGUAGUAGUUGAAAGACACAAUGAGGUUUUAAAUUAUAUAUACCGGGCUAUUGGAAGCAAAACAAUUUCCUUCUCUGGAUUGAAGCUAUUACAUUUUGACUCUCAUCCUGAUAUGGGCAUUCCUGAUGUUGAAUGUUCAGAAAUUUUGAGGGACCCUGAACAACUCAUGAAGAAAGUAAGCAUAGAAAACUGGAUAACACCAAUGAUAUAUGCUGGUCAUGUUGACCAUGUCAUCUGGAUGCACCCAACGUGGUCUCGACAGCUCCUGAAUAGGAAGCCAACAUGCUAUUCUAUCGGUGAAGACCUAUGCACGAAAAGAUUAGUGGUUGGCAUCCCUGAGUCCUAUUUCUAUAAUGAUGGUGUAUUCUGUAUGGAGGAGGAUAUUAGCUCUCCUGUGAAAUUCGGGCUAACAGUUGCUCCAAUUCAUGAAACAAAUACGUUAUGUAGAGUGUGUACAGAUAUCAUAUGUGUAUUGCUUAACCAGUCUUUUAUUCUGGAUAUUGAUUUGGAUACUUUUUCCACUCAAAACCCACUUUCUAAUAAGUUUACAGAGGAACAAUUCGAAAUUAUCGAUCGCUUGUAUGCUCCACCUCCACCACUUACUUUGUGUUUGUCUCCGAAAGAUUUGGAAGAUCCAGCCGUUAUUGUGGCUCAUGGUAUGAGCAGUGCUCAUGUUCUAAAUGCUGCUCGAAAACGUCAACUAACACGUCUUUCACAAUGGAUUUCUUGUUGGGAUCGUGGAACAAUUCCAUCAACUGAAGAUUUUCUUCUAUUUCCGUAUGAAUUAAUGGAGUUUUCUCGAUUAAUCCUCUCUCUGACUGAACAGAAAUUUAGUUCUACUGUCUUAAGAGCAGUUAAAAAAACUCUAGAUUUAGCUUACAAACAAACUACUCAUAACAAAAAUCCGCCAUUGAUUUCACUCGGUUCCGAUGAUGAAACCAUUCAAAAUGCUUUAAGAGAAUUCACUAAGGGCCCUGAUUCCAACCUGACCAGCAGCUUACUUUUGGACCAGAACACCUCGGAAAGUAAAGAUUCUUCAUUUGUAUCGGAUUACACUAGCUUUAUACCAAUGAAACGUCGUUCCAGUAGUCCUGGCAGUGUAUAUACAGAUUCAAAAUCAAAACUUCGUUCAUCCGAACCAUUUGUAACAUUUAAUAAUACGAGUCCGGCUGAAGUUGAUGAAAAUUGUCAAUCGUCAAACACUUCUCAGUAUUCUAUGGAAGUAGAUGAUGCGGAUACUUGUAAUCAUAAUGGUUUAAAUGAAAAUCGUAGUUUAAAAGUAGUUUUAACUAAAUUGGAAGCAAAUUCAAACACAUCUUGUAUAAUUGAUGAUGACAAUGAGGGUGGUGAUGUUCUAAGUGUUCAACAAUCUGCUCCUCCUCUAUCAAAUAAAUAUAAUGAAGAAAAUCUGAAUUUUAUGCAUUACUUAUGGUCUGGGUGCGCAGAUCAAAAAUACAAUGCAUUGCCACAUUCUGUAAGUUUAAUUAUUCUAUACUUUUUCAACUAACUAUCAACUGAACACCAAUACUAUUGAAAUUUUGGCAUAUAUGAAUGUCACCAGGUGGAGUUCGAGAUUAAAGUAUGCAAACGUGUGGAUUAAAUAAUAGAAUAAUAUGAGAAUCUUGAUGAGUGACAUAAUUUUAAAAAAGCUAUAUCAAAUAUGUUAAUGUUAUGAAAGUUAGAAUAAACACAAUAAAUUCAAAAAUAACCGUAACGUAUUUUCAACAAUACAGUAUUGCUGUGGUGUGUUUUGCUGAUGUCGACAGAUAUAAGCAGUAUGUGUCAUCAACCGAAAGCGGAAUGCCUGGCGGCAGAAGGUUGAGAAGAUCCAAGAGAAGAAAAUGAGAACAGAGAGUGAUUGGUAUAUGAAAAUGAAGAAACAAUAAAGUCUGAAACAAAUGAUGGACAUUUUGCCAAUGAAGUAUUUACUGUAUGGUUUUAAGAUUUUACUAAAAGAUUCUGUAAUUUCGCAUUCAAAUAUAUUUGGUUGUUUCACUACAUUGUAACAUAAAAUAUAGAAUUCUUCACUUAUACAUGAAUACAAAAUAUUACUACUAUUUUGACAAUGAUUUUUAAAAAAAAGUGUCAUAGACAAAAAUUCUAUAGUUCAAUUAAUCAUGUAUGGUUUAUUUAUGACCAACAGACAGAUAUUUGCAGCAUGGAGUCUGACAUAUGUGUAUUGGAUCAAGUUGCUUCAGUACAUUUGUACUAAGAGAUUUUGUUUUUGAAACUUAAAUUAUUGUAUGCUGAUAAGUCUUCUAAUUGAACGCUAGAUUCGGCUUCCUAAGGUCUUCUAGUAACCCCCAGGCUAAAUCUACACAGCAACCUGAACACGAGAGAAAAGGCACGAAAUAUAGAAAAAAUGCUUUUCUCCAAGGUUCAUUUUUGUACAGAAAAACUAGGAUAUUUAUAGCAUUUUAGAUGGCCUUGGGCUUCCAUAGAAUUCUCGAACAUUACUAAACAUAGUAUCAUUAAAGGUAAUCAUCCAAUCAGAGACACAACGUGUGACUUUUCAUUUUCUAGAUGUUUCUGGCAAAAUUUCUAUUGAAUGGUGAUUGCAUAAGAUGUUUCUCAGCGUUUCCAGAGCUUUCUUCGAACUACCUUUUGUAGGUUAAAUAAAUUUUAGAUGAAAUAUGCUGUAGUGAGGGUUUUCCUGUUCAUUAAAAGUCUUUUUCUAUUUCUUAGAUAACCACUCCUAAAGAACAGAAUGAGUUAUGUGAGCAAAUGGAAGAUCUGUGUAUGAUGGUUAUACUCCUACUGAUCAAGUAUCUACCAUACAACUCGGUUUAUUACAAAUGCUUGACCGUGUUUAUGGGCGUAAUUUGCUUUCAGUCACUUUAGAUUACGAAAAUGCUGAGAGUGACAUAGAAACACUGAAUACAAUGGGAUUUCAUAUCGUUACUCCAGAAGAAUUUCAAAUGGGUGGUCGUCGUAUAUCACCGAUGUCGUGCCUCGCAAGAUCUGAAGGCACAAGUGUUGCUUAUCGUACCGAACCCGGUCGAAAAGAAAUAGUUUGAUCUUAUUUUUCAAUCUGAACUGUCCUUCAGAGUUCCAUGAACAUUCGAAAAACCUGAUAUUUUAAUGGUUUCAUUAUUUUCAAAUGAACUUAUUUGGAUUUCUUUGAACGAUUCUCUCUAUAAAUUAAAUGUUCUUAUUUUGUUUGCUCCCAUGCAUGAAAUUGGACGUGGGUGAUAAUAGACAGUUCUCCAGAUUCUGAAAUAAAUGGGGAUGUCUGUUUC